UUCAAUUAGUAUUUAAUAUUUUUGCUUGCAGUCAGUCAGGUGUGAGUAGUUACAGCUGAGUGGUUAUAUUUCUAGAAAUGAACGAAAGCGUAGACACAGGUUAAAUUAUAUCAUAUUAUCUUGAAUAAAGCAACAAACAGUUCUAAAUCAAAAAUCAGUACAUUAAUACAUUCUCACUCUAAAUAUAUUAUUAUGUGAGAAUAAACCAGGGAGAUUAGAUGUACUACUUAACAGUAAAAAUGGCUUGAUACAGUAAAUAUUGCAUGUAGAUGCAUGUUCCCUGAAUAUAGACUUACAUCGGGCUAAGCCCCAAAUGUUUACAAUGUCUGGCUCCGCCCCUGCUGGUUUGUAGCCUGUUCACCACAAUUACUGUUUGGCACGUACAGACAGCACUGUGCUCUUUUCUUCAUUUUUUUAACUCCAUGAAAUAAAAAGCUACAGUGCAUUAACAUUUGAAUUUUUAACGCCUGUUUGCUGCAGGGUUUGCAGGGUGCACAAACUUUUGCGUGUAACUGGAACUACCUCCCACCACCAGGGGGCGGCCUCAGCAGCAGCCGGGCCUGUAACAAUAACAGGAAACUAAUUUGUUUAUGAGCCGCCACGUCCGGUUCGUCACAGCUGCUCUGUUUUCCAUUUACUCCGGAGACGUUUCUGCUUAAAAUCCGUGUCUGUUUUUGUCUCCAUCGCUUUCUAAUGUUCAAUAAACUUUGCUGCACGUACCGCUAACGCGUCCGGAAGAGUUUAACUGCGAGACAUCUGUGUGGAAGUCCCGGUGUUUGUUCUGGCGGGCUUCAUCAGCCUUAGCCUGUAGCGUUAGCCCGCCGCUCUGAACAGCGAUGUCCGCGGACAGAGUUUUUCUUUCUGCGUAUUUCGACUGUUGACUCGAACCGGAGGUCUGCCGUUCAUUAUGGCGAGUGAAAACACCGACACCAACGCGGGAAACGAUGAGGAAACCGGUCAUGCAUCCGAGACAAACGAGCACGAUUAUGCGCACGCCGCGGACACUAACUUUCCUCCCACAGAGGCGCCUUCAUUCUCCGGUACACCGGCGGAUGAGAGCGGAGUCACCGCUCAGGAAAGCUUUUCUACACCGGCUGAACACGAACAGAGCACACCGGGGCAGCCCACCGCUUCUCUACCGGUAGAGCUACCCGAACCGGUUGUUGGUGCGGAGGUGGACUGUCCCGGUGGAAACUAUGUGGAGGCUUCCUCUCCACCGCCGCCGCCGCUGCAGACCGAAGACGACCCCCAAAAGACCGCAGCGUCUGAAGUUCCCGCUGCCCCCACGCCGCCUAGCAGGGGCGGUGGCCGCCGGCGUGCCAAGCGGCCGGAGGACAAGAACUGCUCCUGUUGCAAGUCUGAGUUUGAGCGGCAGGGUCGCAGCUUUAACCGGAGGGCGGUGUACACUUUCACCACCCCGGAGACCGUGCAGUGGGCCUUCCCGGACUCUGUGGUGCACGAAAAAUCCUUCCUGUGCGAGACCUGCGCGCAGGUCAUCCGGAGCAAAGGCAAGCGCAAACAGACCGGGAAGAGGUCUCUGUGGCUGAAACCGCCUGCCACUAAACAGCCAGACGGGAGGGACAAAAAGAAGAAAGGCCGCAGGAUGGGGAAGAAGAGCAAGGCAGCGAUGCUGGUGAGCAAGUCCUGCUACAAGGCUGCUUUCAAAAUGCUGUGGUCCGCUAAAGGCGCCAGGAAGCCCAUGAUGGAGUUCUGGAGUAAACAGCUGAAAGAGGAGAUGAAGUUAUUGUCGCGACACGCAGAUAGUCCCUUUCAUCAGAAGGUGUCAAGCAGGAAGCCGCUGUCAUCCUUCCCGUGGCGACGAUGUCUGAACUGGGCCCAGGACAAAGCUCCACUCGUCACCACCUGCCUCCGCUCGCUGUUCCCCGACGUCAACGCCCUCUCCAAGAGCAGCCACCAGAUGUCGGAGGACCAGGCACAGACACUGCUGGAGCGCCGAACUGUGGUGGCGCUCUCCGUCCCGCUCUUCACCAGGAACAUAUGGAAGAACAACUUCAUGCAGGCUGCUCUGGGGGCUGAGCUCCGGCUGCAGGGCUGCUCUGGCUCUGCCCUCGACGCCCUCAACACCAUGGGACUGUGUCAAAACAAGGACACUGUCAGGUUACUGCUGCACAGGCUCCGAAACGGCAAGAAGACACAGACACAGAACGGACGACAAAGGAUAAAGCUGAAACAAGAACAGAUGAAAGGAGAGCAGAUGACGGAUGUGGAGGAAGAAGAAAUUGAGGAAGAGGAAGACGAGGAGGUGGAGGAGGAGGAAGAUGAUGAGGAUGACGUAGAAGUAGAGUUAGAAGAGGAGGAAGACGAAGAGGAGGAGGAGGACGAGGAAAUAGAGAUGGCAGUAGAGGAGGAAGAAGUGGAAGAGGAAGAGGUGCAGGACGGAGUGCAAGAAGAAGAUGAGGAGGAAGAAGAGGAGAGUCGUGCAGCAGAGGAAAAAGAAGAGAAGAAGAGGAGGAAGAAGAAGGCAAAGAAGCAGAGGAAGGAGGAGAAGAGGAAGGAGAGAGGUAAACGAAAGGUGAAGGAGAGAGAAGAGGAGGAGGAAGAGGAUGAUGAGGGUUCGGAGCAGAAGAAGAGGAGGGUGGUGGUGGUGAGGCUCGGCCUGCUGAAGGGACACUCGGAGGUCGGACGAUCCGACCUUUCAGCUCCCUAAGACAUUGGCCACACCCAUGGACUAAACAGGCCACGCCCCGAACCAGAGCAGGACAGAGGCCCCGCCCUUGUCUUUGGGCAGGGUUGUGAAAGGCAUUCUGGGAAAUGUAGUAAGUCAGUAACUGUAGAGGGAAACUGAUGACAGCUUUACUUAAAUGGGAUAUUAAAAAAAAUCAGGUUGAGACAGAAAUUAAUUGAGGCCAGAAAAGCCUCUGAAACACAAAACCGCUUCACUGAACUAACAAUAAAGCCACAGCUGAUCGAUCACAUGAUUAUCUGCAUCAUUUUUACCCCUCGUGUGUCUCAGGUUACAUCUCAGAUUCACUAUCAGAAAAAUUACUUCCUCUCUUAUUCCACCUUCCAUACAUACGGAGCAGCAGCUUCCAGAAUACUUUCUUUUUUUUUUUUUUUUGGUAAGAUUUUCGUUUACAGGUCCCAUCGUUUCUUGUUGAUUAAUACUAGAGAGGAAGUGAUCUGUAAAUGUAAAAUCUUACGAAGGUUUCUGAACAUAACUGUGUCAUUUGGUGCUAAAUAUAGAGACAAUGGUAGAAUGGAGUUGAAUGCUAUGUCCGGAUGGACGUUUUGCGAAUACACCGAUCUGUCUGAUUGGUGUAAAAUUGUAAUAAUUUGAAAAUGGUUUUAAAAAAAAAAAAAAAAUUUUUAACAAGAAAGUCCGUACCAUACGAAUUAAGUUUGAUGAUUUCAUGUUCUGCUGUUCUGAUACUAGAGUACUGCUGACAGGUGUAUCUGUAUUUCACUAUGAGACACAGUCAGUUUAGGUUUUAUGCUGCUCCACGGUCAUGUAAUAGUUUUAAGAUAAAUAAAGUUUUAAGGAUAAAUAGAUGGAUAACAGUUAAGCACUUGAACCAAAACUGGCAGAUUGAAGGAUAAAUAUGCUCGUAAACAACGACUGACAUCAACAACAUCUGCAGCCUCUACCUCCUUAGUGUCCCUGUCUUUUGGUGACAUGACUCACCACAGUCAGACCGUUAAUAAUUUUCUGAUACCAUGAGCUUUUGUUCAUAGUCCCUGCUGUGUCAUAGACUCAUGCAUUAUGUCAUUUGUUUCACUUCAGUGUCUUAAGAUCUAUAAUAAAAUUUAUUGGUGAAAAUUGCAACCUCAGGUCAUCCACAUCCUUCAAAUAAACGGAAAGUAAUUAUUUUUCUUUAAUAUUACAACUCGAGCUGCAGUGAUAAGCUGAUAAAUUGAUUAGUUAAUCAGCCAAAAAUAAAUUUGCCACUAUUUCGAUAAUCCAUUAAUCGUUAGGAUUCAUUCUCUGGCUUCAGCGGCUUCACUGUGAGGAUUUGCCACUCUUUGUUUUAUAUCAUUGUAAAUUAGGUAAAGCUUUGGGUUUUGAACUGUCCGUCACAAAAUAAGACAUUUGUCUUGUUGGACUAUAGAGAACCAUCAUGUACAUUUUCACAAUUUUUUUUAAUAUUUUAUAUAAAGCAACAAUUGAUCAAGUGAAAAAACAAAUCAAAAAUGAAAAGCCUCAUUACAACUUAUUCUCAUAAAAUAGAAUUUUUCCUCAAAAUUACAAAAUUUCCCACAAAACAAUACGACAUGCUCUAUUAUUAAGUUUCAGUGAUCAGUCAAUACAGUUGAUAAAUUCCAAUUAAUUGUUAUGCUGCUUACAGGCCGAACGCGACUUGCGCUGCGCUCGCCGCGCGGUUCGGCGCGCUGUCCGGUGAAGUCGCGGGGGACAGAGCAAAAAUGGGCGGAGUUUCCAAAACUUCUAGCGGGACCACGAGCGGGACACGUCCACGCUUUUGCGUUCCGUUGUUGAAAGAUGUAUCUUAGCUACAGGCUUUUAAAACCAUGGAUUGUUUAUCUAAAAAAACACCUGACGUACCUACUUGGUGAGAAAUCUGUCGCCAUGAGAGGGCUUUCCUGCCGACGUCCCGGUACAAGCGCAAGCUUGUAUGACAUAUUUAGGGGUAUUCUGAGACGCACAGAAUCAGUUUCUCCGCCAUUAUUGUUUUGCGCCGUUUUUUAAUUACUGUGUUUCAAUUGGCUGCGCGGAUGAGCGUCACAGCGCACGUGCUCGCCGUUAGAAACAAUGAGCGUCAGAGCGCAGCGGUGACGUUGCCGCGUUCUGUCUGUCAGCAGCUUUAGUUUAAUGCUGCAGCUGAAUAUGGAAAACUAUUCAGUUGUGUGUGGUUGUAAAUUACAGGUAACCAACCAGUAAUUAAUAUUGCAAAGUCAAUUUCUAAUAAACAAACAGGUUUAAAUUCAUUUGUUUUCUUUAGUUGUUUUUUUUUUUUAACAUUUUAACAGUUUUCUCAACUAUUUGUAAAUUUAACCAAUCUGUGUCUCUUCUUCAUCUCCUAGUGUCUUAAAACCAUAUCUACAUGUACUCUUUCAAAAACAUUUCACUGUAGUUAGCUCCAAUUACCUUUUUUUUUUUUUUUCUUUUUACAAAAGCAUUUCUGGCCUUCAGGGGGAAAACAAAGCUCCACUUGGUGUGAAAGUAUGAGUGCUUCAUGGAGGCUGGACAACCCCAAACAUGCCUUGAAUAAAGCCAUCAGCGAUCACCGAUAACUCUCUGUAAAUGUUUAAAUGUCUGACAGGUAUGUUACAGAUGAGUGACCAUCAGCAGCAGUCGCUUCUGUUCUACAUGUUUAUCCAGCUGCUGCACGUUAAAGUGGUGAAAAUGGUUUUAUUUUCUGAUCCUGACUUGGGUUGGAAUUUCUUCAUUUAACGUCACAGCAGCUCUUUCAUUUCAGAGUUUAGUUGUGCAUCUCCUCUGUCAUAAAGUUUAUAAACUCACAGGAAGAGAAUCUGGUUUGAUAUUUUUUUUUGUUUUCAACACUGUGGAAGUCUCAAGCUGAGUCUGUUUAUAGUCUGAAGCUGUGUGUGUUUCUUCUUUUAAAUUGUUUCUGUGAGCUGAGUGGAUGCACAGCUGAUUGAAGGACCUGGGAUAUAUCGCUUUAUUAUUUUUUUCUAAUUGUCUGUUGGCUGCAGUGAACCCAACAGCACAGAUUCACGGCUUCAGUGUGUUCGCUUGAAGCACGUUGAGGCCUUUGUGCUGUGUUCACGUCAUCUGGGAUUGGGGAGAUCAGAGAUGGGGCAUAUUGUUUCUGAAUUGCAAGCUUUAAUGUUAUCUGCCAACUGAGGAUGGCUGCAUGAUCACAGUUGGUCGUAUGUGGAUUAAAAAUACUGUCCAUUGACACUAUAAAACUGUAACCGACUGUAGUUGACAGUAAAUAUCCGUGUUUGCAGAUAAUAUCAAAUCUAUUUUCUAAUUUCAUAAUUACAACUUUGAUGUUUAAACAAAUCUUAUUUACAGGUGGAAUAACUGCCAUUUACUGUAACCCCAACAUGACAUGAACGCAGCAUUAGAGCCCUAUAAAAAAAAAGCUUUUAAGAUAAAGUUCAUAAUUCAUAAAUAAAUCUCAUGAUUAACAUCAAAAAUCUCAUUUUUGAUGAAUAUUUUUUCUAACAAUCCAGAUAUUCAUCAGAAUUCAAAAAAUAAUCUACAUUUUUUCUCCUGUUAAUAAUUUCAGAAUAAUGUAUGAAGUAUUUCCAAGAGAAAAUUAAAACCAUGUGACAUUCUUCUUUCCAGGAGAUAAUUAAGAAAUUAAAGACCUAUAAAAUAAAGUGUUUAAAGAGUUUAAUAAUAAUGUUUAAUAAAGUAUUUUUGGUCACAGAAUGAUUUCAGUUUGUCAGCACUUCUCUCUCCUGGUCAGAAAACUUUGGAAUGAAAGUUUGUGAACCAAGAGAUGAUGCGUCAUAGUUUUCUUUAUAAUGAGGGUUCGAUCUUUGAGUUUCUCAAAGGUUCUUUGGUAAAUGUUUUUGUUUUUAUGCGUUUGAGUUGAUGACUGUGACAGGUGUGUUUUCUGACUGUUGAUCUCAGAUCUGAUGUUCAGCCACUGACUCUGAUCCCUGCUGGUUCCUCUAAACAUUUGCCAAUAAAAAAUGUUUAAGGCUUCA